AUGUCUAACCAAACAACUGUCCACGUCUCGGGCAUCUCGCCCGCCACCACUGAGAAAGAAGUCCGCGACUUCUUCAGCUUCUGUGGCAAGAUUACUGCGCUGACCAUCACCCCCUCGUCCGCCGAGCCCGACGCUCCGAAAUCCGCCAGCGUCACCUUCGAGAAAGAAGCAGCCGCAAAGACCGCUCUUCUCCUCGACCAGACCCAAUUGGGCACCUCUGCCGUGCACGUGGAAGCUGCUGCGACUCUCGACGACGUCGCCGCCCCCGCAGCUGCCAGCGAGACCACCAAAGAAGGCGAUCAUGAGAUCUCCCAGGAAGACCUGCCUCGCUCGCGCAUUAUCGCCGAGUACCUAGCGCACGGCUACGUGGUCAGCGAUAACGCGAUCCAAAAGGCGAUCGCACUAGACCAGAAGCACGGCUUCUCGACCAGGUUCACCAACGCGCUAACCAACUUCGACAAAAAGUUCAAUGCCACUGAGCGCGCGAAGGGCCUUGACGAGAACUACAGCAUCACUGAUAAGGCGGCGACGGGCUGGCGUGGUCUGAACUCGUACUUUGAGAAGGCGCUCAACCACCCCUCUGGUCAGAAGCUGCGCGAUUUCUAUGUGCAGACUGAUAAGCAGGUUCGGGAUAUUCACAAUGAGGCACGCCGUCUGGCGGAUCUGAAACAGGGCAAGGGUGGUGAGACGGAGGGUGAGGCUGCUGCGGGUGGCGAGCCUGCUAGCUCCGGGCUGGCAACUGAGCCUGCUGGUGCGGCACCGCCUGCUGAGCCGAAGGCGUGA